AUGUAAUCUUAAUCUAUAAAAUCUCAUGGAAAUAUGCUUAUAGAUUACUUUAAGUGUCUUAGAGUAGAUGAUUGGAAUAUAAAUUUGACCCAGUAUUCUAAACUAGUCGAUUUUCGAUUAAGUUAGAAUGUGAUAACAUUUGAAGAAGUAGAAAAGUUUUAUGGAUUUGAGGAUUAAAAGUAAGGGUAAAAAUAAUGUAGGAAUUUCUUCUAAAUGCAUAGUUAAACAUAAUGGACAGACCAAGAAUGGAAAGUAUUGAUUUGGAUAGUGAUAUCAUAUUGUACAAUGAAUGGGAUAAAUCUUUUAAAAAUGGUAUGAGUUUAUAUGUUUAUAUAUAGAGUGAUUGGGAGAUGGUUGGAAAGUUGAUAAAAUUCAAAAAUGAUUUAAAUUGUUAAUAUAAAUGGCUAUGUCAUGUAAUAGGAAGAGAAGAUAGAUUGUAGUGGUGUUAAGAAGAAGAAUAGAUAUUGAAAGAGGAAGUAGAAAAGAGUAAAAAUUUGAAAUGGCAUGAAAUACAAUAUUAGAUAUUUAUGAGAUCAAAUGGAAUAUAUUUUAAGAAAGCUAAACAAUGUAGAGAGAGAUGGAACAAUUAUUUAGAUCCAUAAAUAAAUAGGUAUAAUGAAAGAAAAUCCUUUUUUAGGAGUUAUUGGAAACCAGAAGAAGAUCUAUGUUUAAUGAAACUAGCUUAAUCUGAAGGAUUGAAAUGGUCCAAGAUUUCAUAAAAAAUGAAAAAUAGAACUGAAAAUUAAGUAAAAAAUAGAUUCAAAAGUCUAAUAAACAAAGAAACCAAAGGACAAUAAUAAUAGUUAGAUAUAAGUCAUCUAAUAAAUAACAUUAUCUCAAAAUUAGUUAUCUCAUAGUGUAAUACUACAGGAUUUAUACAAGAAGAAAAACCAUAAAAAAUAAUCUGUUUAGAUAACAAUAUAAAUUAUAUAUAAUAACAAUAGUAUUGGAUAUACUAAUACUAAUAUUUCUUAGCUUAAUAACAAUAUUAAAUGUGUUAUAGUUAUUAUUAGGGUGAAUAAUCUGUUAAAAGUGAAGAAUGUUAGUCAUAAAAGAUAUCUAGAUCUAAUAGUUUUUGUGGAUUAUUAGAUAAGCUAUCCUUAGAUUCAAAGUCAUUGACAUAAGAAUUAAAUAAAUAAUAUGCUUAGGAAAUUGAAGUUCCUAUUAAUAAUAUUACCAAAUCAUAAUAACAGAUUACUAUUCCUAAUUUCAUAACAGAUAAUUAAGGCAAAGUUAAAUCCAAUAAACAAAGAUUCAAGUUUUCUUCAGGAGAUUAAUGA